UUGUAAAAGAGUUCUCCGAAAGCCUUAUUCUGCACACUGAUCUUCCUAAUUAUUUUGUGACAGAUGAUGGGACGGACCAGCUUCAGUCCAAAUGUGCAUCUCGUCUUCACUCUGGAAUUCCAGAUGAGGCUGGAGACAUGCUCUCUUUUGUCACAUCCAGGCUCGAUUGUUUCCUUCCCCAAGUCAGUCAAUGCCAUCACUGUCAUCUGCUCUCAGCCAUGUAAUUGUUACCCACCCGUGUCCAUUUGCAAUUGAGAUCCUCUGCUGUAUUAUCCCUAUAUUGAAAGUCACUGACAUGUGGGCUAAGCAUAUAGCUAGCUAGCUUGGACAGCAGGCCCCUCUCUAUUGUAAUAGGCUUGUUUGCACUGCCUGUGAAGCUAGCUACCGUAGCGAUGGCUGGUGCGUUUCGUCGUUCUGCUGCCCUGCAGGCCAUGGCUGCCUUCUCUGUGCUUGCACUUGUUGUACCAGAUCAGGUUCAGGGGAGAGGCAAGUGCCCAUCUUUCUCCUGCGGACGUCUUAGCUAUGUGCAUUUCCCAUUCCGUCGUCAAGGCGACCCCGCUGAAUGUGGUGUUCCAUCAUAUGAGCUGACUUGUGCAGACAGCAAUGCUACAAUUCAGAUCGACAAGGCAACAUACUUGGUAACUGACAUCAACUACAGUGAUCAGUACUUCUGGGUGGUCGAUGCAAGCUUGGAUUCAGCUAACAACUGCCCUCUUCCUCGGUGGAGUCAGACUCCUUAUAAUGAAAACUACAGGCUUGGAGAAGAUUCACACCGCCGUGUCCAAGUCCAGUUGUCCCCUGAUGUGGAUUGGUUCGCUACCUUUGUGAAAUGCUCGCAGGAAAUGAAUAGCAGCAAUGUCAUGUACAGGCCUGUGGCUUGCCGGAGCGGCAACUCUUCUUUCGUCUAUGUGCUAACUGGUCUGGGAUCUUAUUUAGCUGAGAACCUUGAGCCUUCCUGUGGAUACCUGGCAAUGACUCCUUUAGCUCUGGGUGGUCUAGAGAAUUGGCGAACUGCUACUGCGGCUGCGACACUGGAGGAUGUAAAUUAUGAAGAUGUUGUCAGAUCCAUGAGUGAAGGAUUCGCUGUUCGUUUUCCUUUCAGGUCUGGGGGAUUCAUCGACUGCCUAAGGGGCUUGAUCAGCGACAGUAAUGGAGAACCGACAGUAUAUCGGAUCUUCGUCAUUGUUACUAAUAUCAAUUCUUACUUCUCGAUAUGCGGCCGCCAUGCAACUCAACUUCCACACCCUUUUGUUGUGCUCCUGAUGUUAGUGCCACAAACUUUCUGGAUUUUAAGGGUCAUUUCUGCAUGCAGGUUCGUCCUGGUGAUGCUGCUGAUGUGGACCUCCGUUGCCUACAUGUACUGGAAAAUAAAGAUGAGAGUUGAUGAAGUAGAGAAGUUUCUGCAAUUGCAACAAAUGCUGACCCCAACGAGAUACUCCUACACCGACAUUAUUGCCAUCACAAGUCAUUACAGAGACAAGCUUGGCCAAGGAGGAUAUGGCUCCGUCUACAAAGGUGUGCUACUCCCUGGUGAUGUCCGAGUUGCCAUUAAGAUGCUGAAGGGUGACGCAAAUUGCAAAGGGGAAGAGUUCAUCAGCGAGGUCUCCACCAUUGGUAGGAUCCACCAUGUCAAUGUGGUGCGACUCGUCGGGUUCUGCUCUGAAGAAAUAAGAAGAGCGCUUGUGUACGAGUAUAUGCCUCAGGGUUCUCUUGACAAGUACAUCUUCUCGUCUGAAAAGAGUUUCUCCUGGGAUAAGCUAAAUGAAAUUGCAUUGGGCAUUGCCAGAGGGAUCAACUACCUGCAUCAUGGGUGUGAUAUGCAAAUUCUACACUUUGACAUCAAACCGCACAACAUCCUUCUUGACAACAACUUUGUCCCAAAAGUUGCCGAUUUUGGCCUUGCAAAGCUGUACCCAAGGGACAAGAGUUUUGUCCCAGUGAGCGCAGCACGAGGAACAGUGGGAUACAUAGCUCCUGAGAUGAUCUCUCGGGGUUUUGGUGCCAUAUCAAGCAAGUCCGAUGUUUACAGCUUCGGGAUGCUACUAUUGGAGAUGGCCGGAGGAAGAAGGAAUGCUGAUCCGAAUGCGGAGAAUUCAAGCCAGGCAUACUAUCCAUCACGAGUGUACCGUCAGCUGACCCGACAAGAAACAGGUGAGAUCACCGCUGCCGCCGACAUGCAUGAGUUGGAGAAGAAGCUCUGCAUCGUUGGAUUGUGGUGCAUCCAGAUGAGGUCUUGUGACCGACCGAUGAUGAGCGAGGUGAUAGAGAUGCUUGAAGGUGGUGUUGAUUGUUUGCAAAUUCCUCCUAGGCCAUUCUUCUGUGACGAUGACUACAUCCCGGCAAUGGAGUCGCUGUAUCUGUCCUCCGAGGUGGAGCUGGCUGCAAUCUCCGAGGAGGAAGACGAGAGUAUCACUGAGUUGAAUUAGCUAGUACUAGCAAGUAUGGUGUGUUGAUGUCUUUUCGUGAGCAGGUUGUGCUCAAGCCUGUGAUGAUUGUAGACAGUCACACAGAUGCAGUUUCUAUGCUCCUAUUCCUAUAUUCCUGUAGAAUGCGUAUAUGUGGGCUUGUACGAUUUAUUAUCUUGUGCUUCAUCUGUAUGAAUGCAUGCAAAAAUCGAGCUAAGCUAGUGUUCUGUGUUGGUCGGCA